UAAUUUUUCUCUUCUAGCAGAAAAAAGGGCCCUGUUUCCACUGACGCCUCCCAGCCGUGCCGGCGACGAGGGCGGAGAGGUGUUUCUGUGCCUCCCCUCCGCCGGCUCUGGCCGCUGCCUGCGGCGGGGAUCGCCCUCCCCGCACCCCACGCCUCCGGUUAUUGAUGGUGGCGGCCGCCGCCCGCCCCGCGCCUCCUGCUGCUCCCGCCCGCUCCCUCUCUCUCCCCGGCGCUGCCGCAGAGGCUCCACCGCAACGCGAAGCCCUCACAGCCGCUCCGGUCCGCCCCUCCUCUGGUCUGUCACGCUCGGCGGCUCCUCCGAGAGGCUCCUCGCUCCCCCCCGCAGCUUCACGCAGCGAGCAGGAGCCAGCAGCAGCGGGAGCGGAGGGAGCUGCCGCGGCUCUCCGCCGCCUGCCCCCCGGUUGAAUAUUACAGCUUCAUUUGUCCCUGGGUUUUUUCCCACCAAUGUCCAACACGCAAUAGACAUUCCAAACAAUAUUUGGCAGGUGCCUUUGCAGCUUAACAGCAGUCCUUCUUUGAUACAGGAUGGAGGACACCUACAAAGACAGGACUUCAUUAGUGAAAGGGGCCAAAGAUAUUGCUAAAGAGGUGAAGAGGCAAGCAGUGAAAAAAGUGAAUAAAGCGGUUGACAAAGCCCAGGAUGGCUACACACAGAGGUCCUACAGUCGAUUUCAGGAUGAGGAAGAUGAUGAUGAUUACUAUGGCCAAGGAGGAAAUUAUGGUGUAGAAGCUAAUGAUGAUGAAGGAUCAAGUGAAGCAACUGAAGGACAUGAUGAAGAUGAUGAAAUUUAUGAAGGGGAGUAUCAGGGAAUCCCCAGCAUGGGGCAGGGUAAGGCUGACAUGAUGGCCUUAGGUCAGUCUAUGCAUGAUGAGUACAAAGAUCGUCAUGAACUGGAAACAGAGAGGAAGGCUGAUGAAGAAGAGCUAGCACAGCAAUAUGAAUUGAUAAUACAAGAAUGUGGCCAUGGUCGUUUCCAGUGGGCCCUCUUCUUUGUGCUAGGAAUGGCCCUAAUGGCUGAUGGGGUUGAAGUGUUUGUGGUUGGAUUUGUGUUGCCCAGUGCUGAAACAGAUAUGUGUAUACCGAAUUCUGGAUCAGGAUGGCUUGGGAGUAUCGUGUACCUUGGGAUGAUGGUGGGGGCAUUCUUCUGGGGAGGCUUGGCAGACAAGGUGGGAAGGAGACAAUCACUCUUGAUAUGCAUGUCUGUCAAUGGAUUCUUUGCCUUCCUUUCAUCCUUUGUCCAGGGCUAUGGCUUCUUCCUCUUCUGUCGCUUAUUUUCUGGAUUUGGGAUCGGUGGAGCCAUGCCAACAGUCUUCUCCUAUUUUUCGGAAGUGCUCGCUCGGGAGAAACGAGGUGAACACCUGAGCUGGCUCUGUAUGUUUUGGAUGAUUGGUGGCAUCUACGCUUCCGCAAUGGCUUGGGCAAUAAUUCCUCAUUAUGGAUGGAGUUUCAGCAUGGGCUCUGCCUACCAGUUCCACAGCUGGCGAGUAUUUGUGAUUGUCUGUGCACUGCCUUGUGUCUCUUCUGUGGUUGCCCUCACCUUUAUGCCGGAAAGCCCACGGUUCCUGCUGGAGGUUGGAAAACAUGAUGAAGCUUGGAUGAUACUCAAACAAAUUCAUGACACAAACAUGCGUGCUCGUGGUCAGCCUGAGAAAGUCUUCACUGUUACCAGAAUCAAAACACCUAAACAGAUAGAUGAGCUCAUUGAAAUUGAGAGUGAUACUGGAACUUGGUACAGGAGGUGUUUUGUAAGAAUCCGCACAGAGCUGUAUGGAAUUUGGUUGACAUUUAUGAGAUGCUUCAACUACCCAGUGAAGGAUAAUACGAUCAAACUUACAGCUGUGUGGUUCACCCUGUCUUUUGGCUACUACGGCUUAUCUGUCUGGUUUCCUGAUGUCAUUAAACAUCUGCAGUCAGACGAGUAUGUGUCCCGAGUGAAACAUUUCCGCAAUGAGGAGGUCUCACAUUUCGUCUUCAACUUCACACUGGAAAACCAGAUUCACAGCAAUGGAGAAUACAUUAAUGACAGGUUUAUUAUGAUGAAGUUUAAAUCAGUAACCUUUGAAGAUUCACUUUUUAAGAACUGUGUUUUUGAAGACAUUACUUCACUUAACACAUACUUCAGGAACUGUACUUUUGUGAAUACCACCUUCUACAAUACAGAUCUCGAGCAGUAUAAAUUUGUUGACAGUGAAUUGAUAAAUUGCACAUUUUUUCACAUCAGGACAGGAUGCCAGAUUUCUUUUGAUGAUGACUACAGUGCCUACUGGAUCUACUUUGUUAAUUUCCUGGGAACUUUGGCAGUGUUACCAGGAAAUAUUGUGUCUGCUCUCCUGAUGGAUAGAAUAGGACGGUUAACGAUGCUAGGUGGUUCCAUGGUUCUUUCUGGCAUCAGCUGUUUUUUCCUGUGGUUUGGGACCAGUGAAUCCAUGAUGAUAGGUAUGCUGUGCCUCUACAAUGGCCUCACCAUCUCAGCAUGGAACUCUCUAGAUGUCAUUACUGUGGAGCUGUAUCCUACAGACAGAAGGGCAACAGGCUUUGGCUUUCUGAAUGCACUAUGCAAAGCUGCAGCUGUACUUGGAAACCUAAUAUUCGGUUCCCUUGUUGGUAUCACCAAAGCAAUCCCUAUUCUCCUUGCUUCUACUGUUCUAGUAUGUGGAGGUCUGGUAGGACUUCGGCUUCCUGAUACAAGAACCCAGGUGUUGAUGUAACUGGAAAAAACAUUCACUAUUUAUUUCCUUCUUUGUACAAAUGUCAUUCUCCUGACUGAUGGUGCAAAGGCUUCAGAUUCUCAACACAUAGUAGAGUGCUCAAAUGUCAGAAAUCAAACUCAAAAGAUACUUUGGAGUAGCAGAGAUUUAGCAAUCUCUGCAUGAAAGUUUUAAAUUUCAUAUUUGUUUGCUUGCAUACUUUGUUAUUCAAACCCAUUCACUUUGAAGUGCAAAGCUACCUCUUAAAACAGUUUUGGUGACAUAUCCAGGAAGGUAAAAACCAUACUGAUAAUUAGGUAUUUAAAAUGCAAGCAGUCAGAUUAUUUCAAAAACACAUGCUAAAUUUGGCCAUGGCAUUGUGAGCUUUAGUUACAGUACAGGCGUCCAUGUCAAUUACUUAACAGUAUUGGUGCAGGGAAUGUUAAUGUAUCAAUGCAUGCAGCAUUUUCAGGAAACUCAACUGAUUGCAUCAGUACUGAGGACAGUGACCUACUGCAGUUGUGUUUAGGUGAUAAAAACUCGUGGCAAUGACUCUUCUUGGGAAACAUUUUUAGGCAGAUUCAAUCUAAGCAAAGAUUACCAACUACACCCCAUACUGACUGAGGAGAAGGCAACAGCUACUGCCUGGAAUUUAAAAGUCCAUAUAGGUAUGCAGCAGCAGAGAGAAUAACAAAAUUAACAUUUUUACUUUUUGCUGCAGAUGCUCCAGAAAACUUUUGUUUUAUUCUCACUUGUGGCACCUGGAUUUUUUUUCCACUUUAAACAGUGAAUUUGUCUUAUUCCAGGAAUGAAUAAAUGCAAAUAGUUUUGCUGUUGUUAGUAAGAAUAAAGGAAGAAUCAGGCCAUUGAACUAUAAGGAUGAUACUUUCAGAGGUUUAUUUGGAAUUCAUAUAUGUAAAGACCUUAUUUCUUUUCAUAGUUUCUACACUUCUUAAUAUAACCAUUUUCUUGACUAAUUUUUAAUAGUUCCAGAAAUGUCUGACCGCUUAAUAUUUUCAAAUGUCUCUUUGAAAAGCCACUAAGAAAUAAGCCAUGGCAAGGCUGCAGGGAAUAGUAAUGCUUUAUUAGACCAAGUGCAUAGAUGGAAAGCAAAUGGUAGUUAAUACAUUCCUUCUAUGCUGUGGACUGUUCUGAUUACUGGAAAAAUCCCCAUCAGUCCUAAUGCUAUGCAAAACGUUAUGGGAUCUCUUUAAAAUAUCAGCAUUACAAAUUUACUACAGAUACAUUUAUAAAAUCAUCAAAGAAAAGAGGCAGAUCCUCUGAUGACAAAAACUUGCCUUGCUUUCAGUGGAGCUAAGACAACUUGUAUCUGCUGAUUAACUAUUUUCAGUUUCAAGCGUGAAAUAACAAAUUUGCUAUAAAACAUAUAGAAAAUUGUAUUCAAUAUUUUUUCUAAUUAUGUCUGACAGCAUUUAACAGGUAGAUGAAUCAUUGCCAAGCAACUAAGCUUUCAAAUAAGGUCAUCAUAUAAGUAAGCUAGAUCUUUUUUAAUAGGUUUUUCUCUUGCUCUUAGAUGUCAACUUGGAUUUAGGUAGUAAUAUGUGGCACUGCAGUCUUUAUCAUUCAUCAUCUUUGUCAUAAUUGUAGAAUCAGUAAAAGUCUAUGCAAGGAGAUCUUUCAACAUAUUUAUAGUUCACUGUUUAAUCUACUGAUUCUAGAAGUGACAGUUUGAGUUACUAACAAAUGUCUCUGCUACACAUUGUAGCACAAAAAAUGUUAGCCCAAGAUGCUGUUUUCUCCUAUGGAAUGAGAAAAUUGGCAGAAUUUAAAAAGCAUGAGUAUGGAAAACUAGGGAGCAUUAUUUUGAUGUUGGUAAUUUAAAAAAAAAUAGCAAGUGUGUUUAUUUUGGAGUGUUAAGAUAAAGAUAUUUGAGAUGAAAAAUUUUAUGUUUAAAUCUGACUUAGACAUGUCUCUUAAAUUUCUAAACUAUGCUAAUAAAUGAGGAAGAACUAUUUUUCACUAAGGUUUGGAAAAAAUUCUGGCCUUAGUUUUGCAUCUGUGGGCUUUUUUCUACCAAUCAUAGCCCUAAUAUUAUUUUAAGGCUGUUUUCUACAAUUAAGAUUAUAUUUGAGCCCUUUUUCUCUGUGCAAUUUAUUAGUAGCACAUGUUCAACUCCUUACACAUACUGCACAAGUUAUUUUGAAAUCUGAAGCCUCUGUACAUAUUUGGAGUAAACACCAACAACAGUGGUAAAAUAUUGCUUUGUGUUGCUAUGCACUGUCCUCUUGCAGUAGUAUAUUCUGUCCAUCUCUGCAUGUAAUUCCCAUCACACUCCCAUGCAGCACUUCAUACCUUCUGACCAGCUUGAAGGAAAUGGGUCACAGAAAUAUAGUAUUCAGAUUUUGAGGGCUAUGAUUCAAGUUUAACACUCUAAAAUCUCAUAACAUGUAAAACUAUGUUGAUUUCAGUGUUGGUCUUAUCAUAAAUCCUGACUAUAUCAUAGGUCUGUGAUUAAGUCUGUAUGUAAUGAAAUGUAGCAACAACAGGAACUAGCAGAGAUUUUUAAAAAUGGACACUGCAUGGCACAGAACUAUGAUUUUCUAAGGUGGAAAAAAGGAAAAAAGAAUAGUGGAUAGGAACUGGGAGAAUAAGUAAAUGAAAGAGAUGAACAGAGAAAAAAACCAAGAACAAUUCCAACAUAUGAAACAAAACCUAAAGUUAGAAUUUUCCCAGAUGGUAAGCUAGCUGGCUCGACAGAUUUGAGCUAGUGUGCAAGCCAACAUCAAAGUUGUUUGAGUAUGCAAUAGUUUUUGCUUGAGUACAGUAAAGAUUUAUCUCAUAAAGACAAAAAAGUGAAUGCAAUUUCACACUAUAAAUAACUUUGUGAGAUAGGUGAAAUCCACAGACUGGAACAGAAAUCUAUGGAGAUCUGGACACAAAUGUUACAUUAUAAGCAAAAGUAUUUUGACUGGUCUUCAGCAAUUCCGUCUUUUCUUGCAGCCUCCAAAGCAAUCACAGGUAAUAAAUAUUGAACAGAAGGAUCUACACUUUCUUUCUAUGUCGAUUCACUUAUAUGUCACACAAAAGAAUCACUUAGUGGCAUGGCUAGAGUCCUAAUAUACCAGACAGAAGCAAACUUGACAGCAUUUGUGUGUUACAGUUAUAAAACCUAUGUAAUCGAAACUUCUAAUUUGUCUCUUUUGGUCCCAGAACUGAUUGACUGCUAACUAGAAAUCCCUGUCAGUCUAAACUGAAGUAGAAUAUAAUAUCUAGCAAUUUUCUGUGCAGCUGAAAAGCUCAUCCCAACAGCAGCAAUGACAAAAAGCACAAUUACCCCUGAAAACACAUGAGACAGCAUUUAGAAUAUUGUUAACCAUAACAGUCAAAUAUUUUUAAAUUUGGAAACUGUCCACAAAAGAGACCACAUGUUUUAAUUUUUGGCAAGGAAAUUUUAUUUGAAUUAGUUUUACUCCUUACAGGUUUUCUAACAGUAGAACUUGACUUAGCAGACUCUAGUUUCUUGAAAGCAUUUUAUUCACCAUGUUUGUACUCUUUAACCAGCUUGGUUAUGUCCAUGCUAGCACCCUGCUGCUUGGAAGCAUGCACUACAACAUUUGGCAACCACUGCAUUGGUUGUUGAGUACAAGCUCCUAGAAAGGGAACUACGGAUAGGUGUUCACGGUGGAGUGCUCAACAAGAUAGGUAAUUAAUGACCUACUGUGAAGCCUUCAUCCUCUCAGCUUGAUUUUAACCAGUUCCCUUACAGAGUUGUGUACUACAAAAGCUGGGCACUUAUGAAAAAGAGUUAGCCCUCCUUCCUGAUGGCUCCAGUAGUCUACUCCACCUUUAUCAUCUUAGGAACAUGGGUCAAAGUUAAGACUGCUAACUCAAGCUCUGCUUGCUUUCUCUUCCUGCCAUUCCAUUAAUUCCAUCCCAAAUUACUUUUCUUGCUAGAGGAGCAGCCUUAAAGAAAAUUAAAACCCCUCACCUGUUUAUGACUUCCCAGUAACAUUCAGUAAGAAGUUUUGUUACAUGUUUUGCAUUUUGGUUAUAACUUUUUAAAACAAUAGGUAAAGAAGCCUUAAAAGUCCUUCUGUGUGUGAAUCUCACCGUUUGAGACAGCUAGACUCCACGUUUACCUGCCUAUCGAGAAGGCUGACCUAAUAGAAGGAGAGGUGUCCUCUCAGAAUAGCUCCUGUUGACCUCCUGAUUUGAGGGAAUUUUCUUGCCUGUGCACCUAGCUCAACUCCAUUUGGAGGAAAUUAUAUUCUCUAUUCUUUUUUUUUCUUUUUUUCUACCACUGUGGAGCCUUAUCUUUGUGUAACUGCUCUGGAGGCACAAUGGCAGAUACCAAUUCUCAACAAAGUAAUAUAGUCCUCAGUCCCUCAUAUGGACAGCCUCUGUGUGCUAGGCUUUAGCUCUCUUCCCAUUCUGAGUUUUAAAUUAAUCUUCCUUAGUCAGAGAAAGAUGUUUACAUCCAGUCACACCUCUUUACCUAAACAAGAUGCUAUCACGCUAAUACAACCUACAAGCCAUGUUUCCUGUUUAAUAACCUGGAAAUGCAAUUGAAAUUUCACUCACAAUGUUAAAAAAUGAAUCUUUGCACUCAGGGGGUCAAGGACACAAGAAGUAAAAACAGAAAUGCUCCACUUCCUCUGGUGUUUUUAAAGAAAACACAUGUUCAGUAAUCAUAUUCCAGAAGAAAACACAUCUGAGAGGCUGCUUUUCUAUAUUUCCUGCCUUCUUGUUCAUUAAACUUACUGAAAAAUAUUAGGUAUUUCCCUGCAUUAGUACUUUCAAAUGCUGUUGGUUGAAAAAAAACAGCAUGAAAAUACAGACUUUUGCUUGUACUUUCAAGGUAAGACAUGAUUCAGGCAAUGAUGUGGAAUUAGAAGAGACAUGUUAGCCAGAAAAUCUGGAACUCAGUACAAAACAUGAAUUAAAUGGAAAGCAUCAACUUAUAAUGCUACUUGCAGAUCUCACUUACCUUCCUUUAACCUCACAUAGUCUACAGCCAGUCCAUGUGCUGCUAUCAGCUUCAUUUGCUAUAUUUAGAUUCACUAGAGCACUGAACUGCUUUUUUGGGGGUUUUUUGUGUGUGGUUUUUUUUUUGUAAUAGGUCAAUUUCCCAUUUCUUCCUACAAAGGAAGGACGCUUCAACAUUUAGCUGUAUAAGAUUCUCUAGCUGUAUAAGAUUCUUAUAUAGAAAAGCAGAAAAAAGAUAAAUUUGGCCUGGUUUAUUUACUUUUCUUAUUAAACCUUUUGUUGAAUUAUGUAUAAAUAUGCUGGCCUAUAAUAUGGAGUUCUGGGCCUUUGAAUACAUCCUGUGGAACUCAAAAUGAACAAAGCAGUAAUUUUCAGCAGUCUUCUCCCACAACAUACACAUGAGUUACAUUUAAUAAGACCAAAACACUUAGGGAAAAAUACAGUGCUUUCUAGCGUAAACAGUCUAUUCUCUUUGACAAAGGUCUAGAACAUAUUGCUUUCUUCGGACCAGUACACAGUAGGAUAACCAAAGAUUGGAGAUUAAUUAACAACAGGAGCAUUUGGGUGAGGAUGACCUGACAUGAAAGUAUUGUUCUUUCCACCCAGGGUACUCAUGAAUAUACAUUUGAAUGACACAUAACCAAGAUGAUUUGUAGAGACCUUGCCCCUACUCUGGCCAUCAACACAUUUGAGUUGUAGCCAGACAUACCAGCCCAUAAGUGAGAGAGAAAGUGAGAGAGAAAAAGAGCUGGCAGGCACUUUCAGCACUCUCUCCACAGCUAGCCACCUAAAUUAAUUUCUCUUGGAUCCUAAGGAUCUGAUUUUUUGGCUUAGCUUUCUAAUUUCUAAUUUUGGACAUCUACCACUUCCCAUUCAGUUUUCACAAGUAAUCAUGACUAAGCAAGCUGAAGCUGCUUUAAUGCUGAAGGACAGCACUCACAGCUCAUUGCAAGUAGAGUACUCUGCAAGAGUCCAGUGUCAUAUGUGUUGUUCCAGUUUCAUUUGUUGUCAAGCGCUAAAGUUGUCAGCUAGCACUUCUCCUGUACAAUUCUGCAUGUAUUCUUAUCUAUAAGUCAUGUCUUCUGUCCUCUUAAUGUCUGCCUUGUAUGACCAUAUGUAUGUCCAUCCCCCACUGGCUAUGUGAUAAAAAAUAUUUUGUGAAUCUUACAUGGGUCUGUCUUACCCAGUUAAAAAGACGAGGGUUGGGAAAAAUAAUGAAACAGAAUCAAAUUAAAUGUAAACAAUGAAGAGUAAUAGUUCAAGAAAUAGGCUUCAAUUUUUUUUUUUAGAUGUUUUCCUCAAUCCUAGCCUGAAGUUAUAUAAUAUUGCAUAUUGUAAAGAAAUAGUACACAGUUAGAAGUGAACACAUAUGUGGGCGAGUAUACACAUAUACGGACAUACUCACCUCUAUAACAGAGAUGAAUCUUAAACUUACAAACCAUAUUCUCAUCUCUUUCUCCAUGACAGUGUUACUUUCUUCAUUGUGCGUUAUGCUUUGAACACAAAUAACAUCCUGUUCCAUUCCUGGUGCAGAAACCUUUACUUAGUCAUGUGCAAAAUUGUUGGGAUGCCAAGAGUCAUCUCUACUGGCCAUUAGCUUCCAGUCAUUGGAAAGGAUUCCUAAAAUGAUCUGAAAAAUGAGCUUUGGCUUAGUUGUUGCCUUCCCCUGUCUGCCCAACCCACCCUCCUGCCCCAUCACACUGUGCCAAACAGCAAAACAGCACAUCAUGCAAAGGCACUGGUGUUCCAGUGACUAGGAGACACAGCACUCUCAGAUACAUAUACUCCUAUAAGCUAUGAAUUUUGUCUUAUUCAACCAAAAGGCCUUCAAAAUGGUCCAUGGGGAUAUCAACAUGCUAAUUUCUGUGUAAUGUAUGAGAAAAUGUAUGUGAUAUUCUGUAUUGUACGUUUUUCAUUGUUUCUGCAUAUAUGGCUGCUGUUGUUCUAGUGAUGCGGUUAAAGAGUUAUCUGCUACUGUUCUUAUCAGCAACUUUUGACCAGCCUGAAUCAGAGCUAUUGCCAGGGUGUUUUUCAAUUAAUGAUUAACACCCAUGAAGAUCUUCUACAGUAAUUAGUGCCAUAUAAAGUCAUGGAUACCAUAAAUGAAGCCAAUCCAGGUGAAAAUAGCAGCACAUACCCACAGACCGGUGACAGUGGAAAGAGCUCUUCCAAAAGCUCUGGCGUCUGCUACAUUUCUUCUUUGCUCUUUUCAGGAUGUUCGCUCUCUGCAGUAUUCUUCCUCUGGUAGGGGACAUGCACUCAAGCUACAGAACUAAGAAAGCAGGAGAAAGGGCAUAUUUCUUUCACAGGAAAGAACAUAUGUUUGCUACAGGAAAGCCAGCUCUAUAAUAGGAUUAAAACAAACAAACAAACCAACCCAAGCAGCUUGCUAUUCUUUUUUAUCCCCAUGUCCUCUUUGAGUUGAUAAACUAAAUACCACUCCUUACGAAACCUUUGGGAGGAGGCUAAGAAAGGGUAGCAAGGCUUACAUGAUAGUUCUUUUGGAAAGGAGGAGACCUUUCCAAGGGGUAAACAUAUGCAAUGAAUGAAACGAUAACAUAUAGUUUUCUAAUUGUGAUCACAAACAGGCAGUUUUAAGUAGAAAAUUGUCAUUCAAAUCUACAGCAGUGGUAGAUAGUACUACCUUUUAUACGGAAAUGAUAGUACUACCUUUGAUACGGAAAUGUGUAAACAGAGAUUAAAAUCAAUGGAUUGGAGAAAAAGGAGAAUAUUUAAGAGCAACUUUUAAAACCCAACCUCCCAUCACCUCUUUUGGACAAACCUUUUAGUGCUUUCCUGUUUCUUCCUGCUACCAGUUGUCCUAAUAUGGUGACUGAUUCCUUUAGUGCCUCACUAAUGAAAUGAAAGGCUAAAUUGACAUUUGCAACAAAAAUUGAGAGCAGACAUGAAAUUAGCACUGUAGGAAAGCUAGCUCAUUUAUAAGAAUUUUAAAAAUGCCCCAAGCUGCUAGUGUCUGCCUGCAUUUAUUGUCCUCCAAGGUUUAGGUUUAGGAUCCUACAAAGUGUUACAUGUCAGAAGUUUUGUAUGUGCAAUCUGAUCCCUAUUUAAAUCAGUGAAGCAAUUUUUUAGGAUCAAGAGCAUUGUCUUUCAAAAAUAUGAGGUAUGUGACUGUGUAUCCUGCCAUGCUGGAAUUGCUAUUGUGAGAGAAAUGUGUUUUUUCAACCCUUUUUUUAGGAUUAAGAAUUUUAGCCUGGUUUUUCCUAUAAAUGUAGUGCUUCACAAACUUUAAAAGAUUUCAAUACCAAAGCUACAAGCUAAGCGAAUCAAAUGGCAACUUCUUUUAAUCAUUUUCUACAGAACAUUGUAUUAAAAAACCCAAUUAAACUUUAAAAAAAUUCUGUAUUACCUUUAGCUACAUAACAUUGUGACAACUAAAUUAUAUCUCAUGCUUGGCCUCAAAUAUAUGUAGGAAUAUACUGUACAAAAUUAGAUUUUUUUAAAGUGGGCAGUUUCUAUUGCAGUGUAAUGACAUAUGUGCAGAAGUCAGGUAUCAAGGAUGAGGUACAGAAAGUAGAGCUCUUGGUCUUCACUGCAACUUAUUGGUAUUGUAAGGCUACUGAUUUUCUUAAAAACUUGUUCAUUUUUUGCUUUCACUGCAAUUUAUUGGCAUUGUCAGGUUACUGAUCUUAAAAACCUGUUAGCAUUUUCUAAUGCUAAGCAACAGAAGGAAAACAUGUAUUCUUUCCUAGUUUUUUGCAGUUAUUUUCUUUUCCAAAUUUCUGCUUCUAAACUUCCACUCAAAUUUCCAACUGCUCUGAGCCAACUGUCUGUACCAUUUUUCAAACAGUCUUUAGUGUACAAACACACAGGUAUGUCAGUGGCUGUAUGUUGUCAAGAAAAUCAUUACCACUUCUGACAAUCUCCAUUUCUCAAUGCAAGGUAACAUGUAACAUAUUGUAUAUACGGGUAACAAGCUACUUUAAAGUUGAAUUGCCAUUUGAACAUGGGAAUUUGACUUCAGAUCUGCUAAUCUGCAUCAAGAUCUUGGCAAUGGUCCUGACCUCUCUGUUUCUUUCUUUCUUUGUUUCCUUUACUGCUGUGUGGGCCUGGAAAGCAGGUUACAGACAUCACUAUUGUAUAUAUGUGCUUGCAUGUGUGUGCCUUGAUAAAUUCUCACUUUUGGAGCUCUGGAUUUUUCAUUUCAAGUCCAGCUGGUACAAUUGUGAACUCAUCUUUCCAGUAUCCUCAUCUGUGUCAGAUUGCCAGCUUCCAAAAUGUUUGACCAAGUGUUUUGAUUAAGUCCUCUGAGGAAAGCUGUCUGUAUAUUUGUGAAAGGGCAUGCUCUGUGUAGGAUGACUGUGUACAGUAUAAAUCUAUAAAAUGUGGAAGUGUUUAUAAAUUUAUCUGCAAAAUAUUUAUCAUCUGUGUAACAAAUGCAAAGUUAUUUAGUGUACAUCAGAUUAAUAAAUGGGGAUGAUUUUUUGCUCUGCUAUAUUAAAAUAAAGAUAUGUUCUCUGCAAUGAAUA